GUGCGGGGGCUGCGGCGCCCAGCCCCGCUAUCCCCAGCGUGCGGCGGCCGGGGCUGCCGCUUCUUCGCAUCGCCGCUGACCGGCUCCUGGCUCCCUCCUCGUUUUAUGGUCGUGGAGAGGGAGGAAAAAUCCCAAACCAGGGAAACGGAGGAGAUUUGAAUCCAACUGACUCGCAGUCCUGGCUGUGUGCACUUGGUCCAGAUUUCUUUUCCAAGUCACAUCAUGACUGCGUAAAUGAGUAUGGAAGAUUAUGAUUUCCUCUUCAAAAUUGUUUUAAUCGGCAACGCCGGGGUGGGGAAGACCUGCUUAGUCCGUCGCUUCACUCAGGGCCUUUUCCCACCAGGGCAAGGAGCUACGAUUGGGGUUGACUUUAUGAUUAAAACUGUGGAGAUAAACGGUGAAAAAGUAAAGCUGCAGAUCUGGGACACGGCAGGGCAGGAGCGGUUCCGGUCCAUCACGCAGAGCUACUACCGCAGCGCCAACGCGCUGAUCCUCACCUAUGACAUCACCUGCGAGGAGUCCUUCCGCUGCCUGCCCGAGUGGCUGCGCGAGAUCGAGCAGUACGCCAGCAACAAGGUCAUCACCGUGCUCGUGGGUAAUAAGAUUGAUUUAGCUGAUAAGAGGGAAGUCUCCCAGCAAAGAGCUGCAGAGUUUUCUGAAGCACAGGACAUGUACUAUCUGGAAACAUCAGCAAAAGAGUCGGAUAAUGUGGAAAAACUCUUCCUGGACUUGGCCUGCCGGUUGAUCAGCGAGGCACGACAGAACACCCUUGUGAACAAUGUCUCAUCCCCCUUACCAGGAGAGGGGAAAAGUAUCAGCUACUUGACUUGCUGUAAUUUUAAUUAAAGAGCCGGCAUGUGAUUGCCCCUUCUGCCAUGGGCCAAGUGGAUUUUUCUUUUCUAUGCUGGGAUUUAUCUCCUUGAAGGAAUUCCUGCCAAUCUGACCCAUCUGGCUUACUCAGAGUCAGGUUACAGUCCUGGAAACAUGGCAGGCUGAUGGCUCCAGCUGCAUGGCAAUGUAGCAGAAUACAACAGGGUUUGAAUUUCAUUUUUUCUUGCAGUCUGUGGAGCAGGUCAGAAAAGGAAGAGUUGCACAAAUGCUUCAUGUAAUGCAGAACAUGAGCUGUUUUGUUUCCUUCUGUGGGAGAGUAGACCAGCCUUUCUUGAAGAUACUGAAGACAUCAAAAUCCCUCUUACAGAACAAUGUGGUGAUCCUUUUUAAAGUAAAACAAAGUGAGAAGAAACGCAACAAUGAACGCUGACUUUGGACUUCCCUGGCCAUCUUCUGGGCUGUCAGCAAGCUCUUAGGACGUGUACAUAACAUCUGCCCCUGCCUCUUCGUUGAGGACUCUGGUGUUUGAUUUAUGUCUCUCAUCUACAGGCACUUUCAUGAACGUGGAAUAAACAAAGAAGUUACAUUUAGCAGCAUAUUCAAGAUUGAAGAAGACAUGGAUACGGCUCAGUUGCUCUCUUUGGUGCUAGCAGUUCAGCAAAUACUCCAUAGGCCAAACGUAGUCUUACCACAUUACUGUCUUCUGAAUGUGUAACUUAGACUGGUUAGGAAAAAAAAACCACUAAUAAGCACUGUUCAUAAAAAUAAAAAAUCUCAUUACCUCUUUUUCUAGGCCUGAACAUAGUGGGAAUGGACUGUGUGCUUCUUUGAUAUCCAUCCAACAAAGGAUGAAAAGACUUUCUGGAAAUAAAAAUGAAUAAAUAAAUUUAACCAUU